CCUGCCUGUCACUGCAAUUUCAGGCUAGCCGUCCUUACAUAUACCCCGCUCUCGUUGUUUUCCUCCACUCCACAUCCCACUCCAAAGCUUUGCUUCGCUCUCCCGUACCUGACCUCUCUUUCCAUCGAGGCAAUCCUGUCCAGUGCUCCUCCUUACCUCUAUCGUCCAUGGACUGCUCGAGUUCCAAAGAGACCCCACCGCACAAGGCGUGGUGGACCGGCGAGACGGUGGCGGUGGUGACGGGGGCCAACCGUGGCAUUGGGCACGCGCUGGCCGCGCGCCUGGCGGAGCACGGGCUAUCCGUGGUGCUCACGGCGCGGGACGAGGCGCGCGGGGCGGCCGCCGCCGCGGAGCUCCGCGCCAGGGGUCUCCCGUCCGUGCGGUUCCGCCGCCUCGACGUCACCGACCCCGCCUCUGUCGCCGCCUUCGCCUCCUGGAUCCGCGACCACGUCGGCGGCCUCGACAUUCUGGUGAACAAUGCCGGGGUAUCGUUCAACGAGAUCGAUACCAACUCGGUGGAGCAUGCUGAGACAGUCCUAAAGACGAACUUCUAUGGAGCCAAGAUGCUCAUCGAGGCGCUCCUGCCCCUUUUCCGUCGAUCCUCUGGGACCAGCCGGAUCCUGAACCUCAGCUCCCAGCUUGGCCUUCUCAAUAAGGUGAGGGACCCGUCGUUGAGGAUCAUGCUGCUGGACGAGGGCAGGCUGACGGAGCAGGAGGUCGAGGCCAUGGCGUCGCGGUUCCUGGCGCAGGUGAAGGACGGGACGUGGCAGGACCACGGGUGGCCGGCCGUGUGGACGGACUACGCGGUCUCCAAGCUGGCCCUCAACGCCUACUCCCGCCUCCUCGCCGCGCGGCUGCGGGGGGCCGUAGCUGUCAACUGCUUCUGCCCCGGGUUCACGCGGACAGACAUGACGCGGGGGUGGGGCAAGCGCACCGCCGAGGAGGCCGGCCGCGUCGCCGCGGGGCUCGCGCUGCUGCCCCCCGCCGACCUCCCCACCGGCAAGUUCUUCAAGUGGUCCACGCCGCAGCUCUACUCCAAGCUCUGACGACGACUUCCACCGCGCGCUGCAUGGCGGAGCUGUGCGUAGCUGCACGCUUACGAUUUGGAGAGCAAAAUGAUGCCCGUUUGUCCCAAAAUGCAACUCCAUCUCCUCACCAAGCUUGACGUCUCCCAACUAUCACGUCCGUACAAUUCUCUCACCCUACACUUUGUAGAACAGAGCAUGUAGAAACAAAAAAGUUCUCCCUUCCUGUUUGUAACAGAGCAUGUACCACAAAUAAUUCUUGAUUGUGUUUACGAAGAAAAUAAAUCAACUAGUGUCGAACAUUAGAAAUCA